AUGGCUGAUAACUUGGACAUGUUCAGAAAGUUGAGUGAGCAUUUGAUCCUGAUCAUCAUCUCUUUCCUUCCCUUCAAAGAAGCCGUAAGGACUAGCGUUUUGUCCAAGCGUUGGCGUUACAUAUGGCAUGAAACAAGGAACAUUGAGUUUGAUGAGAGAGCCUUUGUAGAUGUUCGUGAAUCUCAAGAAAUGCAAGCCUCUCAAAGAAGGGGUUUCAUGGAUUUUGCACUACAACGGAUCCAAAACUAUCAAGGACGUGAUAUAGAUAAGUUUCAACUCACAUUAUCUAAGCCUGAAAAUUUUAAUGGGGAUAUACAACGUUGCAUUUCAUUUGCCAUCAUACAUAAUGUGAAAGGUUUAGGCCUUGAUUUUUCUGACCCAACAUGGGCAGAAGAUAACCUUGAUAAUCAUGCAGCGUUGUUUGAUUUGCCAUUAAAUGUGUUUGGACAUAUAGUUCUUGAAUCUAUAAAGUUGUUCUCCUGCAAUUUUCGUAACUCUGACUUCAUGAACUUUGCAGCACUGAAGCAAGUCUCUUUCGGUUGGCUGGAAUUAUCACUGAGUUUUAUUAAAGCCUUGUUAAGGAAUUGUCCCUUGCUAGAGAGUUUGAGUUUGAAGAAGUGUUGGAACUUGGAUCAUCUUGAAAUCAGUGGACCAAAUUUGAGGCUGAAAUGUUUUGUUGCGGAUAACUGUUCUCUAAUUUCCAAUGAGAUUGUCAUUGAAGCGCCAAAUUUAAGGUUCUUCAAAUAUUCUUGGACAAUUCCUCAUUUUGAAUUUGAAAUACACCCAGCCCAUAUGGAAGAAGCAGAUCUAAGCUUUGGGAUGGAGUUGGAUUAUGAUGAAUCUAUAGGAUAUGAUCUCUAUAAACUCCGUCUACAACUUUAUCCAAUCAAGGUUUUGACUAUUUGCACCUUUAUGCUUCAGAGGCUUAUGUUAAAUAGUGUGGAGGCUGAGUUUCUGCGAAAACUGCAAAAGCAAAAGCAGAAGCUUAUUCCCCAUGGAGAUGAACCACUGCGGAUGGAAUAUGACAUGAACAUAAGACACUUGAUAUUGAAGACUUCUAUGCAUCCAUAUGAAUUCUUCGGAAUCGUAUUCUUAUUUAACAGCUCUCCUUAUCUGGAGAAUCUUACAUUGGAUAUAGGCCCGGGAAGAAUUUUUUAUGAUUACUCCUCUCCAGUCGAGGGCGAAAACCUUGAUAGGUUCUGGCUUGAGCGCUCCAUCAGAUACACAUGUGUCGUCAAAAGUCUCAAGAUUGUGGAGGUAAAAGGCUUUAAGGGGACAUUGCAUGAACUGUGCUUGCUAGGCCGCUUGAUUAUCUAUGGUAAGGUCUUGCAACACAUGUAUGUUACUGUUUCAAAGGAAGAGGAUGGUAGUGGUGGAAAUGAGAACUUAUACCGAGCAAGAGCUAAUGGGAUGCUGGCAUUCCCAAGAGCCUCCUCAACUCUGCAAAUAUCAAUCAAUUAA